UUUCACUUUUGCUUAUGGGAAAGGGAUGGGGACAGCAUGAAGGAGGUGGUGAAGGGAGGAGAAGAGAGCAGCAGGUGAUCUACCAUCAACCAUAAGAUAACAUACCUGCUUUAUAGGGCAAUAAAAUUUGUUUCAUCAUAUCAGUCACCUCUUUCAUGCUGUCCCCCUCCCGUGCCUGUUAGAAAAAGAUAAAGGCAAGGGGAUUGUUCCCAUGCUGGCAGGGACAGCACAGAAAGCAGCAGCGUGGCCACUGGAUCUGCUCAAAGGGAACAAAGGCAGGAAGAAAGGAAAGGUACAGAUGGGCACCUGGGUCCUUCUGCACAUCGGGCACCAGCACAUGGGCUGGGUGCUGCUGCUCAGCACCUUGGUUGGCGUGUUGGCCACAAAGAGUAAGAGAAACCUGGGUCCACUCAAGGUGGUGGAGAUGGACAUGGCCAACAGCGCCUUCGAUGACCAGUACCGGGGCUGCAGCCGCAUGAUGGAGGAUCUGCUGGGGGAGCUGAACCGCACCGAGUUCACCAACCAGGUCUAUGCUGAGACAUGGAGAAUUGCUGCCAAGAAGGUGAGCAAUCGAUGGGGUCGUGCCAACCGCUCACCAGCACUGAGAUGGGAUCAGGCUACGGCUGUGACGGCGUACAAAAUGGAGACGAAGCUGUACCACCAGUUCAACACGGCCACGCGAAGGGACGGCACCUCCCGGCAGCACUACCUGCGUUCCUUCCCCUUCAAGACGCUGCACUUCCUCCUGACCAGAGCCCUGCAGACCCUGUGGGAAUCCCAGCCCCAGCGAUGCCACCACGUCUACCGCGGUGUCAGGGGCACCCGAUUCACGGCACAGCCAGGCACGGUGGUGCGCUUCGGUCAGUUCACCUCCACCUCCUUCCUGAAGAAUAUCUCUGAAUCUUUUGGCCAGGACACCUUCUUCUCACUGGAGACCUGCCAUGGUGUCCCCAUCAAGGAAUUCUCCGAUAACCCUGAAGAGGACGAAGUCCUCAUCCCACCCUUUGAGCAGUUCAUGGUCACCAACUUCAUCUACACCAAGGACGGAACCUUCAUUGAGCUCCACUCCAAGGGGGUGAACAGCACCUACAACUGCGAGUUCGUGAAGGAUAAAUGGUGCAAGGAGGGGCCGUGUGCUUUCAUUGCAGGCAGGAGCAGCCCCCUGGAACCCCAGCACCUCUGGGUGCUCCUUGUGGCAGUCACAGCCCUGGCAGCCAUAGCAGAGCCCUGAGCUGCACACACCAUCCCACUGCCGCCCCUCCGUGCGGUCAGGAGGGCAGCAAAGUGCCUUCAAUGCAUCUCAUGGAACCUGCAGACGCUGCUUUCCAACUGCUGAUGCUUUCGGUGACGCUGUGGGACGUGGAGCAGCAGCACAGAACCAUCCACUGCUCUUCCCCAAUAAUAAAAGCGUUGCU